ACCCCAUCUCGCGCAGCAGCCCAGGGUUGCAGUGGCAGCUUUGAGCUGAAUUUUGAGAGGUUGAAGUGGGAACGCGGGACCGCAAGAAUCAGAAUAACUCACAACAUCAAGAGUCCUCAAAGACAGGAUGGAGGAGAACGAUAAAGGGACCCAAAGGCCAGACUUCAUCCAAGAAGUAGGUGAAGAAGCAGUGGAUGCAGCACCAUGUUCACCCUGCACUGUCCUAACUGAGCAGGAGCAAGCAGAGCUCCACAGCGAACUUCAAAAGGUGGAAGAAGAAAUCCAGACUCUUUCCCAGGUGCUUGCGGCCAAGGAGAAGCAGGUGGCGGAGAUCAAGCGGAAGCUGGGCAUCACUCCACUCAACGAGCUCAAACAGAACCUGAGCAAGGGCUGGCAUGAUGUCACCACCUCCACUGCGUAUAAGAAGACCUCAGAGACCUUGUCCCAAGUAGGUCAAAAGGCGACAACAGCAUUUUCCAGCGUAGGCACAGCCAUCACCAGAAAGCUGGAGGAUGUGAGGAACACACCCUCCUUCAAGUCAUUUGAGGAGAAAGUGGAAACCUUAAAGACUAAGAUGAGCCCCAAACCAUCGACAAGCGAUAUUGAAGAGGUUUCAGACUCCACACCUGAUGGAGAGCCCAUGAUUAAACAACCAGACGACACGUUUUCACCAGAUCAGCAACCGCACUGAGAAUCAGCCCUCAAACUCUUCUCUUUUUCCACUUUUCUUUUGGUACUUCAGCAUAGUCACAGUGAGUUUGCUUCUGUAUAACUGGAGUCUCAGUGAUCUCCAGAUGGGACGGGGUAGUCCUACACUGGAACAGACACGUCAAAAUGUCAUUACUGUAAGAGCAUGUUACUAGUUCCGUUUUCAUCCAUAACUUCAGUGCCAUUGAAUUAGCCAAAAUAAAAAGACUUUAAAUG